AUGGCGGCUGUGGAAGGCAGAGCCAACUACAAAAUGGACACUACGGGGGCAGAGCCGCACAUACAGGAAGUCCCAAGUGCAGCGGAUGAAUUGAUGAGCUUAAACACAAAGACCCCCGAGGAGCGGCUGACACCUUCCAGCCGGCAGCUGGCCGUGGAGGAGAGCCUCCCCGUGACUCCAUUUUACCUCCUCCUGGGGAAGCACCAGCAACAGACCAAAGAGGCUGCCGAAGGCCGGAAGGCACCUGUCCUGAAGACCAUGGCGCAAGAUUCCCCAGCCAUCAAAGAAAUGCUUCAUACUCCAGCCCACGUCUUGCCAUCUGCUUCUUUCCUGUGUCCUAUUUUUAUUAACUCGCUGCUGGUAUCCAAAGCAAAUAACAGCAGUGCUGAUGAGCCUCCCGAUGAAGUUGAAAUGGAAAGUGACCGUGGAGAGAGUGACUCUGAAGAGGAGGGAGCGCUUAGCGACGUUCACGGCCAAGUGCCGGAGGCCACAGAGAGUCUGGGUGAUGUUGCGCCCAAGUUGUCGAAAGCUCAAGAAAAAGAGCUACGUAAAUUAAGAAAACUGGACUACAGCUGGGCGUCAGCCCUCUAGGCAGAUGACGUCUCUAGGCACUUCGGAUUUUUUAUAUUUGUGACCAAGAACCGAAUCGGAUUUCGUUUUUGCUAAUAAAACGGCGUUU